AUGGUUGCUAUCAAGAAUCUCUUCAACGCCCUCCUGGCCACCGCCCUCAUCAGCGGCACCAACGCCCUUCCAGCCCCGGAGGCCAUCGGAGACGUCGUGGACACCCUCAACGUCGCAGCAACCAACUACGACCACCUGCACAACGCAGUCAAGGCCUUCAACGGACAGGCUGCCCAGUACGCCGCCAUCACCAACAACGAGGCUGCCGUUGAAGCAUCCGUUCAGCGCGCCAUCGACGCCGCUCAUGCCACCCUUCCUCUUUCCGACGAAGACAGCAAGUUUGUGAUGCAGGCUCUUGCGAAGCCUUACCCCGAGUUCAUGGGCAAGCUGCUUGGUGAUAUCGUCGCCAAGAAACCCCAGGUCAACCAGGUUGGCAAGAAAGGUGAUAUGCUGCGCAUUCUCAACAAGCUGAGCGUUCUCUCUGCGGAGCUUCCUGAUGCUCUUGGGGAGAAGGUGGAUGCUAAAGAUGCGGAGUUGAUCAAGGGUGGAGAAAAGUGGGUUCAGGGAUUGUUUGGUGCUGCUAUCAAGGCUUACACUCAGUGA